GCUUUUUGAUGAAGGGCCGGCGGUGGGAAAGAUGGCGGCGGCUCCGAGACCCUCCUGGUGGCAGCGGUGGUGGCGGCGGCGCGCGUGGGCUUGGGACGGGGCCAGGCUUUUGCUCUUUCUCCUUCUGUUGGGGUCUGGGCCAGGGCCGCUGCAUGUCAGGGCAGGUCAAGCGGUGGAGUACUUGAAACGGGAGCACUCGCUGUCGAAGCCCUACCAGGGUGUGGGAACGAGCAGUUCUUCGCUGUGGAACCUGAUGGGCAACGCCAUGGUGAUGACGCAGUACAUCCGCCUCACUCCAGAUAUGCAAAGUAAACAGGGUGCCUUGUGGAACCGGGUGCCAUGUUUCCUGAAAGACUGGGAGCUGCAGGUGCACUUCAAGAUCCACGGCCAAGGGAAGAAGAACCUGCACGGAGACGGCUUGGCAAUCUGGUACACAAAGGACCGGAUGCAGCCAGGGCCUGUGUUUGGAAACAUGGACAAAUUUGUGGGGCUGGGAGUGUUUGUAGACACCUAUCCCAAUGAGGAGAAGCAGCACGAGCGGGUAUUCCCCUACAUCUCAGCCAUGGUGAACAACGGCUCCCUCAGCUAUGAUCACGAGCGGGACGGGCGGCCCACAGAGCUGGGGGGCUGCACAGCCAUUGUCCGCAAUAUCCGUUAUGACACUUUCCUCGUGAUUCGCUAUGUCAAGAGGCAUCUGACGAUAAUGAUGGAUAUUGAUGGCAAACAUGAGUGGAGGGACUGCAUUGAGAUGCCCGGGGUCCGACUCCCCAGGGGCUAUUACUUCGGCACUUCCUCCAUCACUGGGGAUCUCUCUGAUAACCAUGAUGUCAUUUCCCUGAAGUUGUUUGAGCUGACUGGAGUGAGGACCCCAGAAGAAGAAAAACUACAUCGAGAUGUCUUCCUGCCCUCAGUGGACAAUCUGAAGCUGCCGGAGAUGACAGUCCCACCGACGCCCCUGAGUGGCCUGGCUCUCUUCCUUAUCGUCUUUUUCUCCUUGGUGUUUUCCGUAUUUGCCAUCGUUAUUGGGAUCAUACUCUACAACAAAUGGCAGGACCAGAGCCGGAAACGCUUCUACUGAGCCCGCUGCCGUCAGUCCCGUGUUUACCAAAAGGUGUGGUCUGAGCAUACAGCCUGGCGAGUCGGCCUGUUGUUCAAGGACUGUGUUCUGUCACUGGAGCUUUGAACACAGGGACCCUGCAUCUUCACAGUCAUCCACCGGAACAUCUCACUGGCCCAGGACAACACCGAAGGGCUGAGCAGCUGUGGUGUGCCUUUCCCUGGAGAGUCCUUCCAGUUAGGAGGACUAUUAGGCAUCUAUUGUGACGCCUAAAUUACAGAAUUGGGCGGAUAACCCGAGCAUGGACUGGAUGCAGCAGACCUUCCACUGCAUUUUAAAAUUCCCAAAUAGAAAACCAGAACUGGAGACCCGCUUACUAGUUUUUGCUUUUGCCCAUGCCCCUUUCUACUUCCGGAGCUCCUUGGCAACCUGGAUGGAGCCGUCUCCCUCACACACCUGUCUCCCUCCAUUCUCUGUCCUCUUUACAUCCAUCCUUAGCUAGGAAGGUUUGCCCCUCCCAUUAGGUGGCCCCGGGGCCCCCUGCAGUCACUCACUGCUUCAGCCUCUCCUCUCUGCUGGGUGGGUCUUGUUUCCGACGGUUGCUGUGUCUUCAGCUUUCCUCAUCAGAGCAAUUCAGGCCUUUGGAUGGUUUGGCUAGAAGUUGUUACAAAUCAAGAGAAGCUUGGAGUUCACAACUGAGGUCCAGGUGUGCCUCAGAGAGCAGUGCUGGCUGCGUCUGAUCAUGUAGACUCUUUCUGGACCUUCUGGAGCCUUAGUUGCAUGUUUUGUGUGUGUCCUGAUUCUUGGGAUCCUGCUUUGAAUGUUGGAUGUGAAAAGCAGCUUUCUUCUUAUUCCCUGGACACGCCCCCGUGAUAUUUGGCCUCUUACUGAGAAGCAGCAGUGAACGGAAAGCCCUUCGUCCUCUGUGCCUGGAAAAGUUCUGGUCAUCGAGCAGCAGCACAGCUUGAGUGCCCUUGUGUGUCACCUAUUACACUGCCUUAUUCUACAAGUGUCACAUGCUGCUCACCUAUCCACCCUGUGGUUAAAUUGGUUACAGGCUAGUCUCCCUGGAGGGCCUGACAGAGUUCUCUGUAGCCCAAGGAAAAGUCUUCAUAAAGUAGCUGAUGGAACCAAUCAUGA